GGUGAAUGUGUUGGAAAAUUACUGUCCUUGUGCAGUGCCUGUGGGCCUGGGGCAGUGCAGGAGCAGUAUAAAAGGGAGCCCUUCUUCUGGCUCUCUCAUUCACUCCUCUCACCUCCAUCUCCUUGGGAUCAAGGUGAGUCUCAAGCCCUUUCUUUUCUUCCUCCUUUGGCCUUUUUGAUCACAUUCUCUGCUUUUAAUCCCAUCUGGGUUCUUAACAACAGCUUGUUAUGGGGGAGGGAAGGGGCAGAAGCCAUGCAUGGAGAGAGGCUGGGUUUUGUCUGAGAUGUCUCCUGAGUUCUGGCUGAGGUGUGGAAGUCCCUGGGCUCGGUCACUCUUCAGGAGAUUCUUGGGGGCUUGAGCAAACAGUGAGGCUGCUGGGCCUCUCUAAGCAGCCUCCAGCUAUCUUCUCCUUCUCUGCUUUUCUCCAUCAUGGUGGCCCAACACAUUGCUGUGACACAGCCCUUUCUGAACUCUGCUUCCUCCUGUCCUCUCUGCCCCACAGGUGCAUCUGCAGCCCCAAGACAUGUCCUGCUACACCCCGUGCCGGCCCUGCCAGCCCUGCGGCCCCACCCCGCUGGCCAACAGCUGCAACGAGCCCUGUGUCAGGCAGUGCCAGGACUCCACCGUCAUCAUUGAACCCUCGCCCGUGGUGGUGACCCUUCCUGGCCCCAUCCUCAGCUCCUUCCCACAGAACACCGCCGUGGGAUCCUCCACCUCGGCUGCUGUUGGCAGCAUCCUCAGCUCUCAGGGAGUGCCCAUCAACUCUGGGGGCUUUGGCCUCUCGGGCUUGGGCAGUGGCCUCUGUGGCACGAGGUGCUUCCCCUGCUGAAGCUGCUGGUGACGGCCCUGGGGAAGGAAGCCAGGGACUCACAGGAUGGAAGCGCCCUGGGGACCCAGCACCGGCUUGUUGCUUCCUGAGGGGCUGAGCAA